AUAUCAAAGAGGAAAAAUUCAAGUAGACGUUACUCUAUGCAACACCUCUCUAUAUUGACUCCAUCUUCCUCACUUCUACGUUCUACCAUAUCUUCCAACUUUUUUCUUUUUCUCUUACACCCACCACAAUCUCUCCCCUCUCUUCUCUCUCUUUGAAGUGCUCGAAAGUUCAUACAUAUAUAUAAUCAUAUAUGUGAAUAUAUAUGACAAAGUUUUCAAGAACUUCAUGAGUUUUUCUUUCAUUAUCAUACAAUAUUUUGUUUGGUCACACAAUUCACUGAAAAGGUUGUGAUCUGAAUUAAAGGAGAAGAAGAAGAGAAAGAGAAAAAAAAACCAUGGGUUAUUUCUCCACUCCAAAUGAAACUAGACAAAGGUCCUACGUAUCAAUUGAAGACAUUUACAAAAGGAAGUUGCAACGAAGCAAGGUAAAAGAUGGAGAGAAACAAUCAAACACAUCCAUCCAAGACAAUUCUAAGAGUGUGAGGAACAAGUUACCACUAUUAAAACUUGUGCUACUCAUUAUUGUCUCUGCUACUUUCAUCACCUUAUUACUUCACUCUCCAUCCUUCUGUACUCAUCACCACUUUUCUUCACGCUCUAUCUCUCGGCCUACCAUAAUGAGAAGAUGGAUAUGGGGCAAUACUGAUCCUAGAUACAUAUCAAAUUUACAAAUCAAUUGGGAUGAUAUCUCAAAAGUCCUUGACAAACUCAAUGAAAAAGAGUACCAUGAAAUUGGCCUCUUAAACUUCAACAAAGAUGAAAUAAAGUCAUGGAACCAGAUAAUUCCUGAACUUGAGCAUACUGUCCUGAAGUUAGACUAUGCUGAAGAAAAUAUUACAUGGGAAUCAUUGUAUCCCGAAUGGAUUGAUGAGGAAGAAGAAGAAGAAGUACCAUACUGUCCCUCAUUGCCAAAGAUCGAAUCACCAAGGAAACGGCUUGACUUGAUUGUCGUCAAGCUACCUUGUCAGGUUGAUGAGAAGAAUUGGUCGAGGGAUGUUGCUCGGUUGCACUUGCAGCUUGCAGCAGCACAGCUUGCAACCUCAGCGAAAGGGAUUUACCCUGUACACUUGCUUUUCAUUACCAACUGCUUCCCAAUACCAAACUUGUUCUCUUGUAAGGAGUUAGUAAAACAUGAAGGAAAUGCAUGGUUAUAUAAGCCAAACUUGAUUGUGUUAAGAGAAAAACUUCAGCUGCCUGUUGGUUCUUGUCAACUUGCUCUUCCUCUCAAGGACAAAGAGAGGUUAUACAAGGGAAAUCCAAGGCGGGAAGCAUAUGCAACAAUUCUACAUUCAGCGGAUGUCUAUGUCUGCGGGGCCAUAGCAGCUGCUCAGAGUAUCCGAAUGGUAGGAUCCACUAGGGACCUAGUUAUCCUAGUGGAUGAGUCGAUCAGUGCCUACUAUAGGAGUGGGCUUGAGGCAGCAGGGUGGAAGAUACGGACCAUCCAGAGGAUAAGGAACCCAAAAGCCGAAAAGGAUGCCUACAAUGAGUGGAACUACAGCAAGUUCCGGUUAUGGCAACUAACAGACUACGACAAGAUCAUUUUCAUCGAUGCUGAUCUCCUCAUCCUAAGAAACAUGGAUUUCCUCUUUAGCAUGCCAGAAAUAUCAGCCACAGGAAACGACGCCACUCUCUUUAACUCCGGAGUCAUGGUUAUCGAACCCUCAAAUUGCACUUUCAACCUCCUUAUGGAUCAUAUAAAUGAAAUAGAAUCAUAUAAUGGAGGAGAUCAAGGGUACCUUAAUGAAAUCUUCACAUGGUGGCAUAGAAUUCCAAGGCAUAUGAAUUUUCUGAAGCAUUUUUGGGUAGGAGACCAGGAAGAUAAGAAGAAAAUGAAGACUAGGCUAUUCGGAGCAGAACCCCCCAUACUUUAUGUGUUACACUACCUAGGGAUUAAACCGUGGUUAUGCCAUAAGGACUAUGACUGUAACUGGAACACAGAUUUCUUACAGGAGUUCGCAAGUGAUGUUGCACACGCAAGGUGGUGGAAAGUGCACGAUGCAAUGCCUGAGAAGCUUCAGGGGUUCUGUCUGUUGAGGACAAAACAGAAGGCUCAGAUUGAGUGGGACCGGAGACAGGCUGAGAAAGGAAAUUACAGUGAUGGGCAUUGGAAGAUCACGGUUAAGGAUAAGAGGAUGAAGAAGUGUAUUGAUAAACUGUGCAAUUGGAAGGGUAUGUUGAAGCAUUGGGGUGAAACAAACUGGACUGAUGAUGAGUCUUAUGCUCUUGCACCACCUAUCAUUAAAGUUACUCCUCUUUCUUCCUUACAGUGAAUCAGAAUUUUGGGCACUUUUAGUUUUAUCUCUUUUUCUUUAAUUUUUGAAUAUAUAUUUUGCGGUUUUGUAUACUUGAAUUCAUCUUCUGGUUUUGGUUUAGCUAUAGCAUUUAUACAGUAAUCUGACUCUUCUUUCGUCCCAUCCCAUAAUAGUAUAUAAUAGAACAAAAUUUUCAGAAGCAUAUCAGCUGUUCUUUUUUCUUCUACUGGGGUUAGUUAGGGAUGUUAAACGAAAACACAUGUAAGUUGUUAGUCCUAAGACUAGUUGUCCCAUGUUAAAAUCAGAUGGAUGAUAACCAAUUGGUUUUACUGUUUUAGGUAGAACCCUGUUUGGGAUGUAUGUAGUUAGACUCUCAUUUGCAUAUAUUGAAGAUUUAGUAGG